UGUCAGUAAGUACAGGGGUGGGGGAGGGGCGGCAGGGUGGAGCAGUACCGGGAAGAAAACACUAGGAAUACGAGCGAUCACAAGCCGUGAGCAGCAGGCGGAGGACGGAGAGUCAUUAUCGGGAAGGUCACCGGCUGCAGCUGAUAGCAAGAUGGUGUUUUAUACAUGUGGACCGAAUGAGGCCAUGGUUGUGUCAGGUUUCUGCCGCAGCCCUCCAGUGAUGAUCGCCGGUGGACGGGUCUUCGUCCUCCCCUGCGUGCAGCAGAUUCAGAGGAUCUCUCUGAAUACCCUGACGCUGAAUGUGAAGAGUGAGAAGGUCUAUACCCGACACGGAGUCCCCAUCUCUGUCACUGGCAUUGCUCAGGUGAAGAUCCAGGGGCAGAACAAGGAGAUGCUCGCAGCUGCUUGUCAAAUGUUCCUGGGGAAAACGGAGAAUGAGGUGGCUCAUAUCGCCCUCGAAACCUUGGAGGGUCACCAGCGUGCCAUCAUGGCACACAUGACCGUGGAGGAGAUCUACAAGGACAGGCAGAAGUUUUCCGAGCAGGUUUUCAAAGUGGCUUCUUCUGACCUGGUGAACAUGGGGAUCAGCGUGGUGAGCUACACCCUGAAGGACAUCCAUGAUGAUCAGGAUUACCUGCACUCUCUAGGUAAAGCCAGGACGGCGCAGGUGCAGAAGGAUGCGAGAAUCGGUGAAGCCGUGGCCAAAAGAGACGCCGGGAUUAAGGAAGCGGAGGCUCAACAAGCAAAGGUGUCUGCUCAGUACAUCAGUGAAAUAGAGAUGGCAAAGGCCCAGCGAGAUUAUGAGCUGAAGAAAGCCAUGUACGACCUGGAGGUUAACACCCGGAAAGCAGAGAGCGACCUGGCCUAUCAGUUACAGGUAGCUAAAACUAAGCAAAAGAUUGAGGAGCAGAAAGUUCAGGUCCAGGUGGUGGAAAGAGCCCAGCAGAUCCAACUGCAAGAUCAAGAAAUCAGCCGCAAGGAGAAGGAGCUGGAAGCCAGAAUCAGAAAGCCUGCAGAAGCUGAACGUUACCGCCUGGAGAAGAUCGCCGAGGCCGAGAGAUUGAAGCUAAUUACCGAAGCGGAGGCAGAAUCAGAGUCCAUCAGGAUAAAGGGAGACGCUCAGGCCUAUGCGGUAGAAGUCCGAGCUCGAGCUGAUGCUCUGCAGAUGGCAAAGAAGGCGGAAGCCUUCGAACAAUAUCAAGAGGCCGCCAUAGUGGACAUGCUGCUAGAGAAGUUGCCCGAGGUCGUAGAGGAGAUCAGCAAGCCCUUCACUAAGGUGAAGAAGAUUAAAAUGGUGUCCAGUGGUGGAAGCGAGAUCGGAGCCGCCAAAGUGACAGGAGAAGUCCUGGAUAUACUCAACCGCCUUCCGGAGACGGUGGAGAAGCUGACCGGCAUUAGCAUCAGCCAGAACCUUCAUCUGGAUGGAAAACUGGGCCAGCCACUGAUCUCAGUGUGACCAGGGGCCAGCGGCACUGUGAGUGCUCCCUACAUCUCUCCAGAGUAUGAAGAAGAGGCCUGGACGCAUGUGCUGAGUGAAGACCCUCGAUGCGGCAUCCAUCGCCCUUCUCUUCACGGUGCCUCUGAGAUUUCUCCACGUCCUCACUACGUGUAUUACCACCGCGUCUCCCUGUUUGGAUGAAGAUUUGCACCCAUGUUUCUCGUCACUGUGUUCCGGGGGCGACUGUUCUCCUCCCAUUGUUGCACGUAUUUUGAGUUGAUGCUUCUGUGUUUUUUAAUGUUUUGUACGUUUUUAUUUUAUUACCAUAGUCCUACAUCUAGACGUCACUCCUUCUGAGCUAUGCAGAUCCCAUGGCUUACCAAAUCCUGAAUGGCCAGGGGGCUCGUUUUCAGUGCCAGUAAUGUCCGACCUCAGCCAAUGAAACGUUUCAUCUACGUUUGUACCUCACCUCUAAGAAUCACACGGAGCGUUCAGCCAGCAGGGGGCAGCGCAGCAGUCUUAGCCACACCAGAGCUAGAUUUAGAAGGAGAAGUGCAGAUUUGUAUUGACCUAUUUACAAAUCUAAUUCUCCUACUCAACACUAGUAACGAGCCGUAGCAAAAUCCUGACGAGGGAGAGAUCUGCCCUUAUAUUCUCCUUUAAAACCCCCUAUUCUGAACACAAAUACUAGGCUUCAAGACCUUUAAUGCCACAGAGAGCGUGCUGCCUCUCCCCUUGUAUGCCCCCACCCCCCACGUGAAGAAUCCCACGUUUAUACCUGUUAUAUUGUCCUCGUUGGGAUGUGAACCUAUAACUGUGACAUUUGUGCCUGUAGAUGAUAAAUGCCUUAUAUCAACGUCAUGAUGGCUGAAUAAACAUUUGUGUAUCUUACACGUUCA